AUGGGUAAAUCAGGUAAAGGAAAGGGAGGAAGAAAUAGAAGAAGAGGAAAGAACGACAAUGGUGGUCAAAAAAGAGAAUUAAUUUACAAGGAAGACGGCCAAGAGUACGCCCAAAUCACCAAGAUGCUUGGGAACGGUAGAAUCGAAGUCUCCUGUUUCGAUGGGAUCAAGAGAAUGGGACAUAUCAGAGGUAAAUUGAGAAAGAAGGUCUGGAUGGGUCAAGGUGACAUCAUCUUGGUCUCAUUGAGAGAUUUCGAAGACGAAAAGUGUGAUGUAGUCCACAAGUACAACUCUGAUGAAGCCAGAACCUUGAAGAAUGUUGGAGAAUUGCCAGAAAAUGCUAAGAUUAACGAGACUGAUACCUUCGGAGCCGACGAAGACGAAGACGUCAACUUCGAGUUCGGUGCUGAAGACUCUGACGACGACGAUGAAGACGAUGACGAGUUGGAUAUCGACGAUAUUUAA